AUGCUCCAAGUUGACCAAGAAUUUCACGAUCUGCAUAUGGUGCACCAGUAACCUCACAGACUGGUUUUAAUGCUUCAAGUGGAUCAGCCCCCGAGCAAAGCAAUAAUGCGAUGGAGAAUUACCAGCAGACAAGACCUACAGCACCAGCAACUUCACCGGCAGCCACUCUUUCCGUUCCAGCAGGAGUACCUGUGGAACCUCAACAGAAGGACAGCAAAUUUGAGACCAAAUCAACAGUUUGUGCUGAUACACUUAGCCGAGGGCUUGUAAAUUUGAACAUAUCUGGACGUCUAAAACCAAUCCUCUGGCGGAAAUUGGAGUUAAUUUCUGUCCAUCACAGGGAGAAGAGAGAGAAAGCUGUCCAUACAAACGGCCGUAACGUCUAUAAAUUCUCGACGUAUUAAGGGAGCC